GGGGACAGCGGCCAUGGCGCAGCUGGAGGGCCGGUUGGUGGGGCUCAGCUUGUUGGCGGGAGCGGGUGUGGGGGCGGCGGCCGGCCUCACGCUGGCGGUGCUCUGGUACCGGAGGGAGAGGCGCCGCGGCGGCUCCGAGCUUCACAACGACCGGAAGGCGGCCCCGGGCUGGAACUCGGGCCCCGCCGCCAGGCCCGAGAAGCAGCUCCAGCGCCAGGCCGAGAUCCUGGCCAAGCUGGAGGCGCUGCUGGGCGGCGUGGAGGAGGUGAAGGGCGAGGUGCUGGGCCUGAGGGCCGCCCUGGCCGGUCUGCGCGGCCUCGAGAGCUCCCGAGCCAGGCGGCCCGGCCCGGCCCGCGGCACCAGGGGCCACGGCUCCAGCCCCAGCCGCGAGCUGCCGGCUGCCAGGAAGAGGCGGAGGAGGAGCGAGGCCGAGGAUGGAGGCAGAGCCGCAGCAGGUGCCAGUCGGUCGGUCAGCUCCGAGGAGGCGGAGAGUGAGGGAGGCUAUAUCACAGCAUUCACAGACACAGAAGAUGAAUCUGAAGAGGAAACCGUGAUCCCUUCUGCAGUAAACCCUGCAUUUGAAAGUCCAGUGAGCAAUGUGCAUGAAGACCUCAGUGAAUUUGAUUCCAUAAUUCAGAGAGCACAUGAUCUACACAGUGGGACCGUUGAGGAAAAGGAGGAGGGGUUCUGGCUGCUGCUCGAAAAGAAAGAUCAGUAUGGAGACCAAGUAGAAUUUUUAUGGAGAUUGGCACGGGCAUAUGGUGAUAUGCAUGACAUGACUUCAGAUAAAGAAGACAAGAAAAACUAUGCUUCAACUGGUAAGCAAGUAGCUGAGGAGGCAAUUAAUGUGGACCCUAACAGUGCUGAUAGCCACUUGUGGUUUGCAGUUCUCUGCGGCUAUCUUUCAAUGAGUGAAAGUAUUCAAAACAAAAUCAAGAAUGGCUAUCUAUUCAAGGAACAUAUAGACAAAGCAAUUGAACUGAGGCCACAAGAUCCUCAGCUAUACUACCUGCUGGGAAGAUGGUGCUAUGAAGUCUCUCAGUUGUCAUGGUUUGAAAGAAAUAUAGCUGCUACACUCUUCGGAGACCCACCAAAUUCAUCCAUAGGGGAAGCUUUGAGAUGUUUCCUCAAGGUUGAGGAACUACAGCCACAUUACUCCAUGUAUAAUUGCAUCUGUUUAGCAAAGUGUUACAGAGAACAAGGACAGAACAUCAAAGCAAAACAAUGGUGUGAUAAUGCAGCAACAUUUCCUGUAGUUUCUGCUGAGGACCAGAAAGCUCAGAAAGAAUUGGAAAGACUGCUGAAUCAGCUGGAGUAAAUAACAUAGAACUUCUUCAGUUUUAAUUAUGCGAGAAAAAUUAAAUGUUUCGACUUUGCUGAUUUAAUGUAUUGUAAAUUUCAAAGUGCAGAGUAAUUCAAUUAAAGUACAUGGAGCAAUACAAGCAGAAAGGACUCUUGUGGGACUUGAUAGAAAUAAUUGCAGCAAAAAAUCACUGAAUCAUGGUAGAAAAAAUCUUUUACUAUACCUCAGGGGGAUCUGGUCCACGGCCUUUGUAACUGAUCUCACUAACAUUCUUAGCACCUUGAAAAUAUCUGUGGUACCAAAGAUCUAAUUCUUAAAACAAUUGUUUGUGGGUUAUUUGUUGCUGUUCUGUAGAAUUGUGAUUGCUGGAACAGCAAAAGAAGUUUUGGACAAUUGAUGUUUCUUAGUAACUUAUAAGACACUACUUCACAUUUAUACCAAAAACUUCAUUCCCUAAAUGUGACUCAAAGCACUGGCAUUCUUAACCAUCCAAAAGCAUAAAUAUCCACUUGUAUUAUAGAUUUUAAAAAGAGUUCUAUAAAGUAUAUUUGGUUACAAUGAUGCAUUUACAUGAUAUAACUAUAUUUUAUAAAUUUUCAGAUUAACAACUGACGAAUGUAGCUGAAUGUGAUCACGCUUAAAUUUGCACUAGCUUUUAACAGAGAAAGGGAAUUCUUCUUUCACAGUGAAGUUUGCGUUUUGUGAUUUCCUUUGUAAAAUGUAAUUUGUGUGCAGCAUUUUGUUCUCUGAAUUGAGUGCAAUAAAACUGAAAAAUCUU